GGACUGGCCGCGGAGCGCGCGGGUACGCGUGUGCGCAUCAACAGUCGCUACCCAGAACCGGCCGAGUGCGUCCCAAAACGCGACACGACGCGCGCGCGCUUCUCCGUGAUUUCCGUUCGCCAUCGCGGCAACCGCGGUCCAGCGGUGGUGGUGCGGUUAGAAUACAACGAACGAAAAACGGUUCGCGCCGUUCUUUAUCCCGUGGUCCCCUUCGGAGUCCCUUCGACUCCACAGUCUCUUAUUCCGGCGUCCUUGUCCUUGUACUUCAUUAUCCCACGCGUCGCCACUUCCCGUUCUUCGUGUGCGUGCCGAUACACUCGAACACGGUCACUGUCAUGGUGUUUUCAUCUGCAGCCAACCGCCGGACGAAACAUGAACGCGGCCGCUGCGGACAUCGGUCAGAUUGACAACGUUGCAGCCGGAUCGAAAAACGCAUUGUCCAGAACGAAGGGCGCGCCGAAUGGGCGGACCGCCGCGAAACGGCAUCGGACCGCAGUCGAACUUUCGCCGAGGGUGGAUCGGAGAACGGUGGACGAGCUGCUGGAGUGGCGGCGGGCGAGCUGUGACAAUCUGGGCAAGGUGCUGAGAUCGCUGUACGUGUUCGAGUCGCGGCUGAGGAAGGAGCAGCGGCAGAUCAGACGGCAGCUGGGUGAACGGGACGCGGUCAUCAGGCAGCAGCAGGUGGAGAUCGCGAAGCUGCGACAGACCGUGGCGCAGCACUGCAGCCGUUGUGAGGACGUUGAACAGCCGCCGCCACCGCCAUCGAAGCCGGAUCUCAUCACGUGCAUCACACCACAUCAGUCGGGCGAGCCAGCGAGAAACACCGGCAACGAUGCGGACCCACGCGAAAAGCCUACCGACGACGGUCCGUGGCCGGCGGUCGUGCCGUCGAAAUUGGACGCGGCAAGCAGAAAGACCAAUGUCGCGGGUCCGCCGCCGCCCGUGGUCGACGCGCGAGCGAAAAACAAGAACCCCAACACCAACGUGAACUUCAACAAGAACGUGUACAGCAAGACCGUCACGGAUCUGUCGCUCAACGACAUAGCGUCGUUUCCCAACCCGACGCCCAACAACAACCUGUUCGUCGUGUCCAACUCGAUUUUCUCGAAAAACGAUUUCACGUAUAACGGUGUCUCCAAACAGGCGUUCACGUCGGUGAAGCAGAAUGGCAAGGUGAUCACGUCGGCGCUGAAGAAGGCGGACAGGUACCCGUCGGCCAAAACGGUGCACUUCGGCAAGACCACGCACAUCCCGGAGCCGGACGAGGACGGCCAGACGGAUAUCGUAAAAACGGUCGAGACGCUGCUGCUGCGGUGCGGCGGCGACUCAACCGAGUCGGAGAACGACACGUCCAGUACCGCGUCCACCGAGACCUCACCCAGUGUCUCGCAGAUGGUUCGCAAGUUCGAAAGCAUCGGCACCACGACCACAAUUACCACCGCCGGUAUCAACGGUGGUGCUGGCGCUGCGACGACGGGGGCCGUGGUGCUGGCGGGUGGUGGCUCGGACACCAGAUCGUCACCGGCCACGGCCGCGCACAACGGCAGUUACAUCGCGGACGCGCAGCUCAAGACGGCCGCGGAGCUUGACAUCCGGCCGGACCCGGAGUCGGAGCUCAGCUCGGGCGGCGGAUCGCUCAGCGAUCUGGACCCCCGGAACAAUUUCGAAGAGUUCCGGUUCGAAGAUAGCGACCUGGACCGCGAGUAUCGGGCCGAGACAGACGGGCUCCUCGAGUGCCCAGGUCGGGCCGCGGUCGUGGCGCUGUCCGGCAGCGGCGGCGAGGACGACGACGACGGCGACCGCGACCGCGACGAUGACCGUGCGGGCCGCAUCAACUACGAGUCGUUCCUGGAGGUGACCGGACUCAGUCAAAAAUCCAUCAUUACCGUGCAGUCGAACCGGAACGUGUACGGCUCGCACAGAAACGUGCAGAAGCCGAAGGACGUGAAGAGCAGGAGCCGGGCCAAGUCCGCAUCAUUCGAGUACAAAACGUACCCGUCCACCGUCAAGUACUGGACGGAACCUUAUCUCUGACGGCCAUAGUUACCUACCCACAUUCCCACACGUGUACACAUAUUAUUAUUAUUUUUAUUAUUAUUACUAUAUUAUAAAGCACUGUUUUUUUUU